AAACAGAUAGAAACAGCAGCAUAUGAACUUCCUGCAGAUUGGAGACCUUAUCUUAUUCAUUAUAAGAUAUUAAAAAAGCUAAUUCGUCUUGUUGUUGACGAGUUAGAGUCAAGAGGUUUAUCCACCAAAUGGAUCAGCACAUUAGAUACCAAGGAAGCAAUGAAACUUGAUUAUAGUUUGGAUGGCAAUGUCGAGAACCCCCAUCCUUGUAUUAAAAUCACAGUAGACGAUCCUACUUCGAUACCCCCUUCAGGCGAACCUAUCUUACUGAAAUUGAUACCUGAGACUCAACCCAUUAGCACUCAGCCUUUAUCCAUCAAGAUUGAACUCGUUCGUGAUUCCGAAUUUUUCCAUCGUUUGUUACAUGAACUAUCACACGCUGCUGCUCUUCAUGAUACGGAAAAAAGGCGAUUUUUGGGUAACAUUCAUGAUCUUGAGGGUCAACUGACUGUAGCAGCUUCACCCCAUAAAAGUGAUUUAUAUGUCUGGCGAGAAAUCUUUCAUUUGUACGUAGAGGCAGCCAUUUUUAAAGACAUGUGUGAUAAACAGGAAUCAUGUAAAAGAAGUCAAGAGCGACUACAAUGGUUUACAGAAGAAUUAUCUAGGAUGAAUCUGGCUAAUAAACUAUCAUCAAAACGUUCAAGGGCAGCAUUGACCAUGUUCUUAUCUAUUAAUACCCAAUUAGUACAGUUUAAACAGUUUCAAUCAUUAAAUCAGACCGCAAUGACUAAAAUAUUGAAGAAACAUGAUAAGCGAAGUGGACUUAGUGCAACUUCUGAAUUCUCAACAUUUGCCAAAAAUAAUGCCGUAUUCCUCGAAGGAAUCUUGACUUCAUUAUUUAAUGCUGUUCAAGCAAGAAUCAUGACCAUUGUUCCUCAGCCUGAUGAUUAUGAUUGCCCAGUUUGCUAUUCCAUUGCUUGGAGACCUAUCCGAUUACAGUGUGGCCACGUCUUUUGUGUUCGUUGCCUGAUCAAGGCUCACAGAAAGCAACUGUACGAUUGUCCAGUCUGUAGAAUGGAGUUUGCUGUUGGAAACGCAGAUGCCAAGAACUUGGAUCAAUCGCUUCAGAAUUUUAUGCUACUCUAUUUUCCCAAAGAGAUUAAAGAGAAGAGAAAAGAAAACGAAAGAGAACAAGCUGCUCUAAAUAAGCAAAAGAUAUGUACCAAAAGAUACAACAGCACACUUUAUCCAUCUAGACCUCAUAUCACUACAGCGACAACCCAAGUAGCUGCUCGUGAUAAUAAUUGUGUUAUCAUGUAAAAAUACUGUAAAUAAAUCAUUUGUCUGCAUUAAGAAUACAGAAAAAGUAUAAGCCACAU